AUGGACAGCGUGAAUGUCUCGGAGCUGGUCGCGCGGCUGGGUGCAGAGGAGGAGUCGGUGCGCAAGAUGGCCGUCUUCAAGUUGCAGAAUGCCAUUGGGGACCCCUCGUUCGCCGACGUCUUCAUAUACGAGGGAGGCCUACCGAAGCUGAGUUUCCUGGCGCUGCAUUCCACAGGCAACACAUUAGCCUACUGCCUUACAUCACUGGCGCGUCUGCUGGAACUCGACAAGGGAUGGGACCAUGUGACAGACGAGCUGAUAGCCAGGAUAGUCGACCUCGUCGUCGCCCAACCUCUGGUCAACGUCAAUCGAGGGGCCAUGUCGGUACUCGCAGCCAUUGUUGGCAAUCCCUCCCAUCGCAACUCGGCAUCGAACAGCUCUGGGACCAGCUCUGGCUUUCAACGACUGAAGCCUGCCGUCGACACUCAGCCGCAAUUUCUGCCUGUACUGGUCGAGAAGAUGACCUCGGCUGAUCAUGCGCUCUGUGCCAACUCACUCCAGCUGAUCAAUGCGCUCAUGCGUGACGCCAUUGCAAAUGAUGCUGCCUUCGAAUGGCCCAAGUUCGUCAAGCAGCUGCAGGAGCUAGGGGUAAUCAAGAGCGUAUAUGAGCUGAUGCAAAGUUCGGCGAUACAAGACCUGGCACAUCCUCUUCUAGAAUUCCAAUCCCUGACCAAAAUACUGUUGAGGAAGUGGAGAGAAGACAAGGUGGACCUGGAGAACACGGAUCAUCGAAGAGCGCUGCGUGGUCUGCAUACUGCAAGCGGUCCAGACAAGUCAGAGAAGGAUGACAAGGGAAGCAAGAGGCAGGACCCGGCCAAGUGGAGGCGCCUUGGCUUCGAAACUGAGUCGCCCGCGUGGGAGUUUGACAGGGCCGGCUUUCUGGGCCUGAUGGAUCUGACCGAUUUCGUUUACAAGAACGAAGAUGGCUUCCAGAAAUUGAUAUUGGAGCAAACUGUUGAACCUGCUGAACAGAGAUGUCCCAUCGCCCGUGCGAGCCUUUCUGUCACUGAGAUUCUUUAUGAGCAUUUCGAAGUGGACAAGACCGAGGACGUAGAAACUCACAGAUACACUGCCAUGGAAUCUCGGGCCAACUUUGAUAGGGCGUUCAAGCCUCUUUUGCUUCAUUGGUCAAGGCUGCACACGAGUGGAUUGAAUGCCUUUCUAAGGUUGUGGAAGGUGGCGGGUGCACAGGUGGAAGACUAUGAAAAAAUUGAGGAAUUGGUGCGCAUCCUGGUCGAGCAGAUUGUGGGGCAAGCGCCUCGCAUGAGGGACAUCAAGGAUGUUGAAGAAGAGAUGGCAGAAUUUGAGUUGAAGCGACUAAGGGAGCUCCAGAUGGAACUACUUGAGCUAACGUACGAAGAUGCGUGGGGUCAUCAUCUGCGACAAGUUCGCGACGAGCUCAACCACGAGGCUCUCCAGUUCGUCAAGGAGCAACGCAUCAGAUGUCUUCUCCAAGGAGCAUGGUUCCCAAUGGGAGUGGAUUACGGGUCCAAUUCUGGCCCGGUUACGAGCAAGACCCUGACCCGUGUUGUGCCCUCAGCGUGGCGCUUCGUGCGACUGUCACACAACCGGAGAUACCUGCAUUAUGCAGACUUUGACGAAAAGACGACGUCUGAACCGAGGUUGGACGCGCUGCAGGAAAAGAUCGAUCUCUGCAUCGUGUCCUCUGUUGUGAGCAAUGUCUCAGCGUCGGCCCCGUCCACAUCGUCAUCUGACAGUACGGUGACAACCCUGCCAGGCCACGAGCGGGCGUCGACAUCUACGAAGAUCACCAUCCAUGGCUAUCUUGGCCACUCUCAUCAUGCACGCCAGGCUUCGGCUGGCUCAGGCGGUGGGCGGAAAGAAUCGGUGCUGUUGCAACUACACCCACAGAGCCAUACGCUUGCCCGAUUACGGCAGAUACUAACAAGCUCGUUAGCUUCAUUGGCGGGUACGGCCUCAAGAUGA